AUGACCACCAUUGAGAUUUCCGACCGCGUGGUGGACCGCAUCCACCGCCGGAUCCGCCGCCUGCCGCCCGGGCUCCAGGAGCACUGCCAGCGGGUGGAACAGAUCGCCCGCGACCUGGCCGAGCGCCACGGUCAGGAUGUGGAAGCCAUUGGUCUGACCGCCCUGGCCCACGACGCCACCAAGCACUUCUCCGGCGUUGAGAACCUGCUGCGCAUGGAGGAAUAUGACCUGCCUCCGGUGACGGCGUUCGAGCGGCGCAACCCGGCGAUCCUGCAUGGCAUGGUGGGCGCCGAACUGCUGAAGCGGGAGGACGGCCUCCGCCAUCCGCAGCUGUACAACGCGGUGUACUGGCACACCACCGGGGACCCAUCCGGCGGCGAUGAAAUUGCCCACAUCGUUUUCCUGGCCGACAAGCUGGACCCGGUCAAGGUCAAGCGUUACCCCUGGCAGGCUGAGCUGAAGGAACUCGCCGAGAACGACCUGCCCUCCGCCAUGACCAUGUUCCUCACCAGGAACGUGGUCCGUAUGCUGGACAAGGGCUCGGCGAUUCACCCGGCGGCGAUAGAAGCGCGUAACACUUUGCUGCUGGAAGCAGGAUCGUAG